GCAGUGCAUGGCAACAGAACGUGAUGGCGGUGGCUGCCUUCGGGUAGCUGUUUCAAUUUUCUCAAUAUACUAUUGGCUUUCUGCUCUCGGUCACGUGUUUCUUGGACUAUGGAUGCUUCUCGACCCGAAACGAAACUACAUCUUGGAUUUGGUACACUUUUCGGAAAAUGAUCCGUUAUUGAAGGCAUCCGCAUAUGUCUCAUUGGUUUGUGGAUGCGCUCAGCUUCUUGUUGGAUUUCUUGGCCUGUGUGGAGCAGUUAACAGGAGCAGAUUCUUACUGUUAGCUUUCGUCAUGUUUUUAAUUGGCACAUUUUUGGCUGAUGUUGCAAUGGGAACUCUAUCACUUUUCUAUAAGGAUAAAGUGUAUUCGGUAAAAGAAAAUGUGCGCGAAAUCGUAAAAUCCAAAUAUGGAGUGAUGACUAGCGAACCUGAAAAUAAGAUGGUCACUGAAUUCAUUGACAAACUUCAAUUUUAUGAAAAAUGUUGUGGCUCGCUGGGUCCCACCGACUAUAUCAGCAGCCGAUGGUCUCAAUCGACAAAUCAAGACUCGGAAGAGAUCGAGUCCCCUCUGUUUCCGGUCUCAUGUUGUACACAAAUAACGGGCGCAUCGGCAUUAAACCCGCUCGCUAAAAGUUAUGCUCGCUGCCAGCAAAUUGGUGCCAAUAGACAAUGGAGACACGCAGUGGGGUGUAGUGAAAGACUAAUGUCGUGGUUCAACGAGCAAAUUUGGAUAUUCGUAGGAUUUGGAUUCGGUUCUGCACUGACCAUGAUGCUUGGAAUUUGCCUCUCAUGUUGUCUCAUCUCGAAAAUUCGCAUUUACCAUGUAAUUCGAGAUGACUACUAAAUCACUCUACGGUGAAUUAAAUUUUCAUAUCAAACAGGGUACACUUAUUACUACGCAUUCUACAUUGAUUAUUCCUCAAACUUCUUUCAUUCUUUGAAUAUUUUUAAUAUCUUCACCAUCUUGCCUAAACUUUGUCAAUUUUUAGUUUUAUUCUUCCUGUGGAACCAUUUUAUAUUUAAAAUCUGAAGUUAUUAAUCAAUUAAUAAAUCAUUCAUUGCAA